CAUCGGAAGGGGUAGAGAAAGAUCUCAUCUCUGAUAUUAGAAAAAGCCGGCUACAGCUCAGGCACACACACAACCCACCACCAGCACUACCAACUAUCUACAUUCUAUAAUCCAUCUUGUCUUUGUCUCAUCUAAUUUAUUUGUCUCCUUCCUUUAGCUGAUCCGAAAUCCAUUCAAAAGAUUGACAUUACCCACAAACAGAUACAUGUAUACCGUUUAAAUUUUCUAUGCUACUUUGAUGAGAAUGAGUUUAGGAAUGGGCGAAGUCGAUUAAUUUUGGGUGCAUCGGAGAUAUUCAAGAACAGGGAUUUGAAAGAAAGUUGGGAUUUUGAGAAAGUAGAAUGGGUUGUUUUCCGUGUUUUGAUUCAAAGGAAGAGGAAAAGUUUAAACCCCAGAAAGACAGAAACGAUCGACAUGAAAGCCACCAAACUGCUCCCUCUAACAUAUCCCGAUUAUCUUCUGGUGCAGAUAGACUCAAAACAAGAAGCAAUGCAGGACUAAGGAGGGAAUCAUCAGGGCCAAAGGAUGCACCGGAUGUUAUGAUUGCUGCACAAACGUUCACUUUUCGGGAGCUUGCAGCUGCAACGAACAAUUUCAGGCGAGAUUCCUUCUUGGGGGAAGGAGGAUUUGGACGUGUAUACAAAGGGCGGCUUCAUAGCACGGGCCAGGUUGUAGCUGUCAAGCAACUGGAUAGAAAUGGGCUUCAGGGCAACAGGGAAUUUCUAGUGGAGGUUCUCAUGCUCAGCCUUCUCCAUCACCCUAACCUAGUGAACUUGAUUGGGUACUGUGCUGAUGGGGACCAACGGCUUCUUGUCUAUGAAUUCAUGUCCUUGGGAUCAUUAGAAGAUCACCUUCACUAUGGUAGGAAGGCUAAAAUCACAAGAUCUAUUGUUAUACCCAAUGAACUUCAACUUCUUGUCCUGGUAAUACAAAGUUUAAGUAGUUUUAGGCUACCUUCUCUGCAGGUUGAACAACAACAGAAUGGGAUUUAUGUCUCCAAUCUAAUUAGUUGGGAUGAGAUAUUGGGAAAGAGUGAGAAAGUGCCAGGAGAGAAGAUGAUGAAGUCAUUGUCAAUCUUUCAAGAUUUUGAAGCGAUGGCUGCUCUCCCCUCCCUAAUGUCUUAUCAUCAUUUUCACCGAAUGGAUGUAGAAGAUGGUAUACUGAGAGAAGUUCUGGAGGCAUCCAUAAAGAGGCUUCCUUGGGGUUUGUUGGAUGAUGGAGAAGGAGCAUGUGUUUCACAAGCUAAGCAGAAGAGCAAGGGUGGAUGGAGACUUGGAUGUGUGCGCUGUGCGGAGGGAUUUGGUCCUGUUGAUGGUCAUGGCUGUGGAUGCUGUGGAACAUAUGGACAUGAGGAACAUAGGAAGACUAGGUUUGGCCUGAAUCCCAUGAAUUUGGGGGUCGUGAGUGGAUGGUUUUUGGUGUUUCAGGCUGCUCUUAAUGUUGGUAAGACGAGACUAAUACUUGGUUAUAUGCAUGUAGAUCUUCCACCUGAUAAAGAACCAUUAGAUUGGAACACUAGAAUGAAGAUAGCUGCUGGCGCUGCCAAAGGGUUGGAGCAUCUCCAUGAUAAGGCAAACCCUCCAGUAAUUUAUAGGGACUUCAAGUCAUCAAACAUAUUACUAGAUGAAGGAUAUUUCCCAAAGCUGUCUGAUUUCGGACUUGCAAAGCUUGGCCCUACUGGAGACCAGUCGCAUGUUUCCACAAGGGUCAUGGGCACUUACGGUUAUUGUGCUCCUGAGUAUGCCAUGACAGGGCAAUUAACGGUGAAGUCUGAUGUCUACAGUUUCGGGGUAGUCUUCUUAGAGCUCAUAACAGGACGUAAAGCCAUUGACAGCACCCAGCCCCAUGGACAACAGAAUCUUGUUGCCUGGGCACGCCCAUUGUUUAAUGACCGAAGGAAAUUAGCAAAAUUGGCAGAUCCAAGGUUGCAGGGUCAGUAUCCUAUGCGGGCUCUCUACCAGGCUCUAGCUGUGGCAUCCAUGUGUAUCCAAGAACAGGCUGCUGCUCGUCCUCUUAUUGGGGAUGUGGUCACUGCCCUAUCUUAUCUGGCAAAUCAGGCAUUCGACCCUAGUACAGCUCCUGGACAUGGAUACAGAUUAUUAGGAGAUAAGGAUGAGAAAAGAAACAGAGAUGAGAGAGGUGGAAAAAUAUCAAGGAAUGAAGACGGAGGAGGAUCAGGAUGCAAGUGGGAAUUGGAAGGAUCUGAGAAGGACGACUCUCCUAGAGAAACUGUAAGGAUGUUAAACAGGGAUUUAGACAGAGAACGAGCUGUUGCAGAGGCCAAGAUGUGGGGAGAGAACUGGCGUGAAAAAAGACUGCGAAGUGCUCAAGGUAGUUUUGAUGGCAAUAAUGGGUAGCGUCCAAAUGUACAUUGCAAGGCUUCAUCUUCCACCUUGGCUCAUUCUCUGCUUGCACAAGAGAUGAAGUGAAGAAACCUGGGAAGCCGAGGCUUCUAGGUGCUUUAUUCAUACCACAAGUUCAAUUUUUCUGCUGCAAGAGAGACUAUUGGAGCUUAACUUUUACUGUUUUCCUGAAACAAAGGAGUAAAAGAGCUCAAGGAGAGUGUAUAUGUAUUGCGUAUCAAAAUUCUAGCAGAAGAACGGGACAUAUUUAAAAGUUUUGAGAGUAAACACGUCUGAUGAUAUCCUUCUGCUGGAUCUAGUAGGUAUUGCUACAAUAAACAUUGUUUGUCUGUAGUAUUUUCUGUGACAUGCUAUCAUCAACUAAUUGUUUUGUUUCAUUAAAAC